ACACACACACAUAUGUAUGUGUUUCCACAUCAGUCUCUGGGGGUAGGUGUGAAUUAUGUAGGGGCAAACACAAAACAACUAAAAAAAUAAAAGCUAAAAAAAAAAUUAAAUUUAAGUUGUGAAAACUGAGCGUAAAAUCGAGAUUUGUUAAAUACGGCAAAAUUAUGUAUCAGAGAAAGCCAAAGAAACCCAAUUGGCUGGAAAUACUGGACUCCAGCCACUGCUUGAGGAAGUACAGUUGCAAGCGACCCCGCCCGGCCAGAUCGGUGGGAUGUACUGCUUCGAACUGCUUGCAGCCAAGUCUGCAGUCCACCAAGACGAACAAAUCGGCACCUACCAAGAAAUUGAAGCUGAAUAUGUGCUGGCAGCUGGCCAGCGAUCCCGCCAACCUUACCGCUUCCAUGCAAGCGGCGGUACCCGUAGCUAAGGCUAGGGGGCAGGAGAAGCAGAAUCACAAACCGAAGGAUAGCCAAAAACCCCAGCCGGAGCACAAGCUGGAGCACAAGCCGAAGGAGAGGCUGGAACACAAGCAGAAGGAGAAACUGGAACACAAGCCGAAGGAGAAGCCCAAGUUGCAGGAUGAUCUGGGGCCCGAGACGGAGUACGAACAGGAGACCAUUUUGCAGGAUGAGCACGAGUGCAGUGAGGAUGACAAAAAAACCAAGAAGAAGGGCCCGACGCGACUGUACUCCACAUACCGAAAGCAGUCGCCGCGCAGGCCCAUGGAUUUCGCAAAUAUAAUAUUCUUAGAUGCCAGAACGAUGCCGUGGGACAAGCCAAAGGCAACCAGUCAGGAUGGAGAUUCAUGUGCGACGAUCAAGCAUAAGCACAAGCGCGUUCAUCAUUCAGGGCCGAAGGGUACGGGCCGAUCGAAUAGAAUGUAUGGCGUUCCGUUGUGCGGUCCACCCAGCCUGAUCAUGGACAUGGUCUAUCCGCCCUCCAAGCAGAUACAGCUGCGGCAGGAGCAGCUCUACCAGCAUUCCGAAUACGAGGAUCAGUACUCACUAAUGCUUCAGUCGCAGCUGCAGCAGCCGGAGCACUCCCAUCAGCAGCAGUCCAAUGAUGGCGUGCCCAUUUCAUUGCAGCUUCUAGCCGGAACAGAGCCGUACACAGUGCCCUCGAUGGAGCAGUUUCAGCGUGUGCAGAAGGGACAGCGAUACUGCGGCAACUUUUACUACAAUUAAAUGCAAGACUACUUUAACUACAACUACAAUAAAUAUUUGGCAAUCUGUAUUCGAUUGCAAGAACUUGCAAGUGCAG